AUAUGAAUAAUGAAUAUAAAAAAGUCUUCGUUCUAGAUUUGAAGUUCUUAUUCCACAGUUUAGUUGUAUCUGAAUACUCGUUUCGUACAUUUAUUGCAAGUGGUAUAUAAAAAUGAGAAAUAAAGUUGUCGAACUUUGCAUAUGAUUGUUUUACUGCAACAUAUUUACAUGUGUUCAUAGGAGGUAACAGAUGAUUCUGAUGGUUGCGGUUCUAAAUUUACUGUAAUUAUCGUUUCUGAUGAAUUCGAAGGCAAAACUUUGUUGCAACAACAUCGGUUGGUAAAUUCAAUUCUAGAAGAAGAACUGAAAACAAUCCAUGCAUUUUCACAAAAAACGUUUACACCAGAACAGUGGAAGAAACAACAAAUAUAAUUUCAUAUCAUGUUUCACUUAGAUAUCACAUCAGCAGUUAUUUUAUAGUUUAAAACAGGAAUUUAAUAAUAUAUUUUUCAUUGUUAAUAUUGUAUCAGGAUUUAAUAAUCUAUUCGUAUAAAAAUGAUCUCAUUUAAGGUAUCUGCACCGGGAAAAAUUAUUUUGUUCGGUGAACAUGCAGUUAUGUAUGGAAAAACUGCACUAGCAGCUAGUUUAAAUUUACGUACGAAUUUAACAUUUCAAGAGAUAGAAGAAGUAAAUGAUGUUAUAAAAUUAAAUUUUCAUGAUAUGAACUUAAAGUUGAGCAUACCCAUUUCAUUAAUAGUAUCAUAUAUUAAUAUUUAUAAAACUUAUUGUUUAGAAAACAAUCGUGAUAAUUUUUCUAAUGAUAUUCAUCGACUCUCAAGCGAACUAGGUUAUUCUAAUCAAUCACCACAAAAAUUAUGUUUAGAAGCGCUUUUUUAUUUAUUAAUAUAUGUAGUUGAAAAAGAAGGAAUUAAUGUAAAACCCAUUGAAAUAAAUUUGAGUACAGAGUUAACGAUUGGUGCUGGACUUGGGAGUUCAGCUUCUUUUUCGGUUUGUUUGUCCGCUUGUUUUCUUCAUUGGUCACGUUUACAGAAAAAUAUCCGUAAAACUUUAGAUGCAAGCGAUUUGGAAAUUAUAACAAAUUAUGCGUUCGAAUGUGAAAAGAUUUUACACGGUACACCAUCCGGAAUUGAUAAUUCCAUUUGCACUUAUGGAUCAAUAGUAGAAUUUAGAAAAGGCGAUGGGGUAAGGUUGAUACCCAAUGCGAUGAAAUUGAAAAUUUUAUUAGUUAAUACUAAAGCACAAAGAAGCACUAAAGCGAUGAUAGAUAAAACAGCUAAGUUGAAAUUAAUGUUUCCUACUGUUUUUGAUUGUAUCAUGGAUGCUAUAAAUAAUGUAGCAAAAGAAGCAUUAAAAAUUCUUACUGAAGAUAAUACAAAUCAAACAGAUAAUGAUAGCAAAGAGAAUGAAAAAUACAAUCAGUUAAGAACGCUCAUCGACAUUAAUCAACACUUUCUAGCAGCACUUCAAGUAUCUUAUCCAUUGUUAGAUAAAAUAUGCGUGGAAGCUCAAAAUUAUGAAUUUGGUGCAAAGUUAACAGGUGCCGGUGGUGGAGGACAUGCUUUUAUUUUAUUACCGCAUAAUACCCAACCUGAAAUUAUAUCAAGUAUUUCCCAAAAAUUAAUUGCGUAUGGUUGUGGUGUUAUGUCGACAAGUUUAGGUGGUAGUGGUGUUAUAAUCAAUGAAUAAAAUGUUCUUACAAUUAUUACAUGAAAAUCGCAUUACUAAUUAAUGAACUAUAAUUGUAUUCUUUAUAUAUUGUAUUUAAUACAUAAGGUAGCUUCAAAUUUAUACAUUUAUAAAUAUAAAGAACAAACUUAAUGAUCAUAUCUGGAAUGUGUAUCGUAAUACAAAUAACGCUUACAUAUUAAUGUAUUUUAUAAUCGAAAGAGUAUGAUUCCAAAAUAAUUACCAAUUGUGUUUCAAUAAAUAAAUAAAUAAAUAAAAUAUAAUA